UAAAGAUCAUUUCCGGUUCCGGUGUUAUUUGAUUGGCUUAUCAAAUCCCUUCAAUGUCAAGUUGAUAACAAUCGAUCAAUUGACAGCAGCCAAAUGAAAUCAACAACAGAAAUAAGAUCGAAUAACCUUCAGCCUUCCUAACGAUUUGGCUUGAUUUUACUCCAAGCAAACAUACCGAUCGUCAAAGCGAUAUCACUAUUUCAAAGACCUUCACCUAGAGCCUUAGCAGUGGAGUUUUGUCGCUUCUAAAAGGCCAUGGUGAAACCAGAAUUGAAAGGCGAAAAGCCAAUUCUCCUUCCGUCGGAGAGCGAAGACUCCAUUGACGCACACGAUCAAAACGUAGAACUCGUGGUUUGCGACAAGGAAGACGGAGCAGUGACGGUUACCUUCGACGAAACAAGAGCUCGCAAAGGUCCUCGAGUUUGUGUCUUUGUUGGGCUUUUCGUUUUUGUCUUGGUCGUUGGAUUUUUGGCUGUUUAUUUAAUAGGACGAACACACGGCAAGGAUCGCAACCAUGGGUUACCGACAAACAUGAAAGAUGACAUUGCAAGAGUUCCCACGCUAGAACCAGAGCUUGGAAAUCUGAGCAAAUAUUGGCAAGAACAUUCAUGGGAAACUAGAGACGAAUUGUUUCAGUUGGGAGAUGCUAUUGGUUCAAACGACAUCAUUGGGCUGAGACCAAUUUACAGGAAAGAUUUGCCAAAAGAAUAUAUUGCUUACUGGGAAGUAAAAAUGAAUGGGAAGACAGGAGAGAAAUAUCUCAUCAUUUCUGCAGCAAAAGAGACUGGCGACCAUCGUCUUGUCCAGGAAGGUGCCCUACCCAGUCCUAUAGACAUUAUGACCGACUAUGCUCGCUUACGAAGCCAUAGCUGUCACAGGGUUUAUCGACUCACCCCAGAUGGCCUUAUGACCUGUGAAGAUAACAACCUUAAGAGAACAGUAGCAGCAACUAGGGAUGUUGAAACAAAUGCAGAGUUCCAGCAAAGACAGUGGAAAAAACUCGACCGUCAAGUAAAAAAAGCUCUCCCAAGGUUCAAGAAAGCUUGGAGAGACCUUGCCAGACGAGUUACAAAGUUACCAGAAUGGAGAAGAUUUAAGUGGCUGUCAAUGAAAUCUGGUAAAAUGCCCACCGAGAAAAGCUCCAAGCACGACAGCAGCAGUAGACAUGAACAUGAUGAUGAUUAUGAUGAUAAUUACGUAACCGAAGAAGAUGAUGAGAUGGAAGCAGAGCUGGCUGUCAGGCCAGGAGAGGUCCUCAAAGUACCGCUCAUAGGAAAAUCCUGUCAAGUCCGUAUCAAAUUCUCUGGUUUUGGACAGAUAAAACGACACGGGAGAAAGCGAAAAACCUGGUUGAAUCGGUGGCAAAAACGGCUGUGUCGCGUACUGAGUGACCCUUGCGAGGGCUCAGAUAUGACGAGAGUUAAAUGGCGUUACAUAAAGAAUACGAAAAUGGGAGACCGCUAUAUUGGACUACAAAUCGUAUCAAGCAGCCAGUAUGUUCGAAAGCAGCUCCAAGGACAAGAGAUUCGAUUCCGUAUUGAGGUUGAGAUGAACAAUCGCAAAACGUUGGUGGUGAAUUACGGAAUUAUGCUCAGGCAUAGCAGGAGGGGUAGAUCUGUUGAAGGCGGAGACGUCAAUCAUUAUAGUAUCCCUCACAGACAUCUGUUUCCAGACUACAAACAGCACCAACACGGUCUCUGUAUGACGGGUUCCGGGGCGGUGGCCUGGGGAAUGGUUUUGGGAUACAUGGAUAAUUUGGCUUACAGAGUCCCAGAGUCUGGCUAUCCGAAGAACAUUCUAGGGCUUUUCCCAGGUACGUCUCCCGCUCCAAUGACAACAACCAAGUACGCCCAAAGCGCCAUAGAAAACCUCUUUGAGAAAUUAGAAAGCCGGUGCUCUCUAGAAGACAAAGCCGCUCUAACUUCACCAGCUAAGAUGGAACGUAUCGGCAAAUGGCUAAAUCACACUGUCCUUCAACUUAUCAUCGAAAAUGAUUCAUUGAACAAGGAAACAGCCACGGCCCGAGCGGUUCAACUCCUUCAAAAGAGAGUACCGGUAAUUAUUAGCAAAGAAAGAGGAGACUCUUUGUAUCAUCAUUACUCUGUGGCGACGAGGUUAAGGCAGCGUAUCCAUCGAUACCGUAACUGUAAAGUUACUUGUUCGUCAUGGCGUACGUUGGUCGAGAACGAAGCGUACGUCCAUCUUGGAGUCGGAAAAUACGGAAAUAAAUGGGAAAACAUUGAUACACAUUUUAUGGCUGCAAUUCUGAAAAAAUAAGUAGGAAUAGCGGUGAAUAAAUCCUGCCAUUUGGACGGAAAGGAGGAUAGAUUCAACUGAAAAACUAGCUUAGUUCUCAACGCUUURAGGCGCUAUUCCUUUCGAAAGACUGCUCAAUAUUUACUCUGAAAUUUUGAGUAUCUACAUCUUGAAAGUGUACAGACAAUGUACAGAAAAGUGAGAUAUUUCUCUAAGAACUAUUUUAUGAAUGAGAAAGAGCGUGUUUUGCACUUUCUGUGAGCUUUGUCAGGUAUAUCGUACGUAAUGGACAAAGUAUUUCUGAGAGACUUUGCCAAUCUUGCACUCAUUGUACAUAACAGAGUUGAAGAAUCCAUUGUAAAUUACAAUGCGCGAAAAAAUGUUGGCAAAAAACAAAAUCACAGCAAGCCACAUCCUCUAACCGGCAUAUCUUCAUAUCUUCAGAAAUUCCAACAACGCGCGUUCCGCGUUUUAGCUACCGUGAAAGCCGGUGUCUGGUGGGCUGACAAUUAAAAAACACCGAAAACCAACAUUUAAUCGGACUGUUUUUUUCAGGAUUCUCUAACUUACCAAAAAUUCCUUAUAAAUUCAGUUUAUGGCGAAAGCCAAAAAUUCUGGUCAAAUUUUCUGACAAUAUUUGGUGCGGACGAUGAUUGGUCAAGGUAGGUUAUACGUCAUUUGAGGUACGACCAAUCAUGGGCUUAGCUUGUCUGACCAAAUAUGGCUGGUGGGAAGCUAAGCCAUUUUGAAUAUAUUAAUAAUAUUUGAUCUAACUCUCCCAAAAUAUUACACGAUGGUCCCAUUUUUUUGGAAAAAGAAUUUAAAUUUAAGAUUUCUGAAGGCAAAAUGGAUUUGGUGGAAUGUUGUGAGAUAUUCUCUCUACCGAUCGAAAAGCGCAUUUUUCGUCUUGUAUAUUUUUAUGUCACUCGUAUAUUGUAUUCAAUACACAAAUAAUAAAAGCAAUCUUUAAAAACA